GCUCAGCUGCGCCCUCUGCAGCAGUGUGUCCCUCUCGGGCCGCCGUCCAGCGGCUGCGGUUUCUGUGGCAACAGAGGAGGUUUGCGCUGUAGCUGCAGCCUGGUGAUCCUGACACAGGCAGAAGGCGGCGCAGGCCCGAACAUUAUGGUCAGAAAAUGUCGGCGUCCUCUAGAGGCCAGUCCAGCAGUACAGCGUCAAGAAGCAAGACCUCUCCAGCGCCUUCAGCUUCUGCCGGUGCAAGUCGGGCAAAACCAAGCGACAAGCUGAACCCCAAGACCAUAGACCCGUUUGCCGAGACCCAGCGCUCUUCCUCUGCGUUUGCAGCGAUAUAUUCAAAAGGAGGAAUUCCUUGCAGGUUGGUUCAUGGUUCAGUCAAGCACAAGUUACAGUGGGAGCGUCCUCCAGAAAUGAUACCAUUUGACCCCCUGCUCAUCACUUUAGCUGAGGGUCUCAAAGAAACCAGGCACCCUUACACGUUCGUAUCCCAGGAAGGAUUUAAGGAAUUUCUGAUGGUUCCUGGUGCUGCUGAAAAAGCUAUGCCCAUCUUACCCAAGCUUGCAGCUGCUUUGAAAGGUGCCCUUGUGCACGCUGAUGGUGGAGUUUUUGAAAGAGGACUGAAUGGUUUGAUGCAGUUGAGCGCUGUGGUGGGGCCGGCGCUGACUAUUCAUCUAAAGAAUCUGUUAACCAGUCUAUCCAAAAGAUUAAUGGACCGGAAGUAUAAGGACGGAGUCACAACUGCACUACAGAAAUUGGAACAGUAUGGGGGAAAGGAAAGCCUAGGAAUAAUCAAAGCGAAAAUACCGACAUACUGCUCGAUAUACAGCUGAAUGAUGGAUAACAGAUGGCGUCUUACCAGUAAUGAUAUUGGCCUCAAACCUGAUGUCCAGUAGAAGACUUCACAUUGACAUGGACUACGCUUAAACUUUCUUUCCUUUGAAGGGUUUGUCUCACUUCAGCAAAUGGCAUUUAUCAUGUAGAGAAAGUUA